AUGUGCGCUUAUUACUCUGUCAUUUGCUUGCUUGUUGUUGCUAAAAGUGUUCUUUCGAAAGAGAUAACUGUGCAGACCAGAUACGGACCUGUUCAAGGCUUUACUCACACAGUGAAUACGACUACUGCACGCAUUUUUUUGGGUAUUCCAUUUGCGAAACCUCCAAUUGAUGAUCUAAGAUUAGAGAAGCCAGUGGAGCCAGAAAAUUGGACACAACCGAUCAACGCAACAGACUACGCUGCGGCUUGUUACCCACACACCCGUUUGGCAAUGUUCAAUAACGGCUUAUUUAGUGAAGACUGCUUAUAUUUAAACAUUAUGGCACCAAUAGAACCGGGUGAGAAUAAUGCAUCCUACGCAGUAAUGGUAUGGAUUCACGGGGGUGGAUACGAAGGGGGUUCUGCAGCGUCAUACGACUACAAGAAAAUUGUUGAGAACUUUAUAGCACGGGAUGUCAUUGUUGUAACAAUUCAAUAUCGGCUUGGCUUUCUCGGAUUUUUUUCAACUGGUACUGAGGCACUACCUGGGAACUUGGGAUUGUGGGACCAAACUGCAGCACUUAAAUUUGUUAAUGAGAAUAUUGCAAAUUUUAACGGUGACCCUAAACGAAUAACAAUCUUUGGGCUUAGUGCUGGUGGAGGAUCUACGAGCAUUCUUACACUGUCACCAAAAUCACAAGGUUUAUUUGCAAACAGCAUACAAAUGAGUGGAAGCGCUUUCGCAGAAUGGUCUAAUAGCGAACUGGUCGAUGAUGCCAGCUUAGAACUAGCUAAAGAGGUUGGCUGCCUAGUGGAUGAUUUAGCUACUGUGAAGCCAUGCUUGAAGAAUAAAACGAUUGAUGAACUGCUCGAUGCAGCAAACAGAACGGGGUCAACUCGUAAAAGCAUCAAAUUUAUAAAAUACGGCCCUAGAUUAGACAAUGACUUUUUACCAGAAGACCUGGAAACUUUAGUGACGAAUGCAUCAAAGAAACCGACAAUCAUUGGGGUAGCAGAAAAUGAAGGAAUUACAUUUGAAGAUUAUAAAAAUUAUAGCAGAAGUGAUUUGGUUAACUUUAUUAAAAACGAGGUUGCUGUACAGGCGGAUUUGCGAGACCAAGCAGAGAAAGUCCAGUCAAUGAUAAUUUCGUUUUAUGCUAAUUCUAGCGAUGAGACAGAUAAAAGCUACGUCGAUUGGUUGAAGAAUUAUACCCAGUUGCUCGGAGAUAUUAUAUUCGUCGUGCCCGCACGGCUGGAAGCUGAAUUGAAAAUCCAAGCAGGCUGGCCGGUUUGGCUUUACAUUUCCGACUAUUACAACCCAGCGUCGUGUAAUGAAAGCAUGCCAGUAAAAGGUUUUUUUUAA